UCCCAUAGACUUGCUUUUCCAAAUUUUUACAUAACCUGUCUUUAUAUAUGUAUAUGUAACAGGCUAAGGAAACCCCUCAGAGUGUCUUUCUCAUUGCCAAGCUAUGCAUGCCUUCACCUUCUUCAUCCUCUUCUUCACUUCCAUCUUUCUUGAAACACAAGCAAGCGAUGAAAACUGCGCAACUAUGUGCACUCAUGGGACUCCCCAUAUUCAGUUUCCUUUCCAUGUAAGAGGGCAGCCCGAACACGGCGGUGACCCUAUUUAUGAGCUUGACUGCAACAACGCCACCAAAACUACCACAAUCCACUUCCCGUCUUACGGCGACUUGGUCGUCAAAUCCAUCUCUUAUGACAUGAAAAGGCUUGAUCUUCUCGACCCCAAGAGUUGUGUCCAUGAAGUCUUUCUUAACCUCAAUCUCUCCCUCACCCCAUUUCAAUACUACUAUGUUGUGAAGGAGCACUCAUAUCUCAACUGUUCAGUUAGGCUUUCGCCUUCUUUCUCCGAAAUCCCCUGUUUAAGUGGCUCCGACUAUCAUGUUUACACCGUUCCCCCUUCUUUGGCUGUCCCAAAUUCUUGCAAGGUUGUGAAAACAGUUCUUAUUCCUUUCGGGUAUAGUCCUUAUCUAUCUGACAAUAGUUUUGGUCUUGGAUUAACUUGGGGCUCAGUUGGGGAUGGACAACAAGAAACAGAAUGCUUCACCAUGGCACAUGUGAAAGUGGUAUGUAUUGCCAUCUUCAUUUUCGCUGCUGCGGCACUGAGAAAAUUAAAAAUUUAUCAGUCCAAAAAGCUACAACAUUUGAUUGAAGGGAAGGAUCAAGUUCAGGUUGAGAAGUUAUUGGGAGAUUAUAAACCCCUUAAACUUGAAACAUGCUGCAAUUCCGACCUCAAGCAAGGAAACAGUCAGGGUGAAACAGUUUUGGACAUUAGAAUCAUGAAGCAACACAAAAUGCAAGCUAUGUAAUGAAUUAUUUUUAUUUUAUUUUAUUUUUAGAUUUAUGCCAGACCAAGCACUCAAGAGAAAUGUAGCAUCCACCUUGUGAAGAGGGUUAAAUGACUUUUGCAAUGUCUUUGAGCCUAUAUCUAUGUCUGCUAAGCAUUGGUAUUCAAGCA